AUGCUGAUGGAUGGACCGGAAUGCUUUGUGCGUGGAAAGGCUGGGUACUCUUCUAUGAAGAAGCAAUUAGGGAGAUUCCUCCUGAACAAGGGAGACAUGGAUUAAAAAUACUUCUCUGAAAGACACUGCAUAAGCUCCUGUCUCCAGGACACUGCACACAGAGGCAGAGUAAAAGAAGACCUCAUGACCACCAUGUGUUUGCUGCACAUUUGCCUUAUGCUGCUGUUCUCCAUUGAAAUCUCUUCUUUGGACUGUAACAUGCUUCACUUCCAGCAAAAUAAAGUGAACAUGGAAAGCUUAGAGCUUCUGAGCAAAAUGGGUGGACAAUUUCCUCUACAAUGCCUAAAUGAAAAUAGGAACUUCAGGUUCCCCCAGAAAGCUCUCAGGCCUAGAGAGUCCCAGGAGAAGAAUGCCAAGGUGGUAAUCCAGGAGAUCCUCCAGCAGAUCUUCAAUAUCUUCAGCAAAAACCUCACGCAAGCUGCCUGGGACAGGAGUUCUGUAGAGACAUUACAAAAUGGACUUCACCAGCAAACUGAACAGCUAGAGACAUGUUUGUAUUCAGAGAUGGAGAAUGAGAAACUCCUGUUCCCCAUGCUGAAACUGAAGAAAUACUUCCAAAGAAUCAGGGAUUUCCUGAAGGAAAAACAAUAUAGCUUGUGCGCCUGGGAGACCAUCCGCUUGGAAAUGGGAAGAUGUUUUUUUUUUGUUGACCAGCUGAUAAUAAGGCUUCAAAACUAA